AUGAAAGAACUUAAUGUCAUUGUGGUGGGAGGAGGCAUUGGUGGACUUCAAACCGCGCUGGCUUUGGGCUCGGAUGGACACAAAGUUACUGUGCUUGAAUCUGUCAAGAAGUUCCUGGAGGUCGGUGCUGGAAUUCGUGUACCGCCCAACUCCUCGCGUUUGAGUCUUAGCUGGGGUGUUGAUUUCAGCAAAGUCAAAAAAGAAAUUUCUCUCGGCAAUCGCUUUGUUGACUGGAAAGGAAAUAUCCUCGCCGACUGCCCCUUCAGCGAUGUCAAGGACAAGUACGGAUCGCCGUACUACUUCCUUCACCGUGCAGAUCUGAUCAAGGUGCUGGUCGACGCCGUUUCGGAACACAAAAACGUCACGUUGAUGAUGGACUCCCGGGUAGAAACCUACGACUUCGAUGCACCUGCAGUGGUCUUAGCCUCUGGAAAGCGCAUGGAGGCGGACCUUGUGAUCUGCGCUGAUGGAAUCAAAUCUGCAGUCAGAAAUAUCAUAAACGGGAAGCCUUUGGAACCUCAAGACACUGGCGACGUGGCGUACCGAGUCCUUGUACCCGUGGGGCCGCUUUUGGCGGACCCUGCAACAAGGCACCUGGUGGAGCAGGCCUGGGCAGUUCAUUGGAUGGGCCCUGAAGCACAUGCCGUUGGUUAUCCGUUGCGAGGAGGAGAGCUGUACAACAUUAUUAUCGACAUAACGCAUGCGACUGACGUGGGAAAGCCCGUAGGGGAAGAUGAGUGGCGCUCUCAGGCUGAUAAUUCUGAGCUUGUUCGACGCUUUGCAGGAUGGUGUGAGCCCGUACGAAAGCUGUGCAGCAUGGCAAGCACAUACCUCAAGUGGAAACUCGCUGAUUUUGAUCAACUGGAACGAUGGGUUCAUCCUAGUGGAAAGGUUGCGAUCCUAGGUGAUGCGUGCCAUCCUAUGAUGCCUUACAUGGCUCAAGGAGCUGCCCAAGCAACGGAGGAUGCUGCAACACUGCAAGCAGCACUUCGGGAAUGUGACGAUAUUCAUCAAGCACUGAAAAUGUACGAGCUUCAAAGACUGCCGAGAGCAGCAUAUGUUGCUAAGAAUACGCGCAUUUUGCAAGAGUGGCUCCACCUAUAUGAUGGACCUGAGCGAGAGCGCCGUGAUUCGUUGAUGAAAGAGGAUAAAGCAACGAAUCCUGUAUUCUGGGCAUUUACAGCGCGGAAGGAUUGGCUCUUUGGACAUGAUGCCCGAAAGUUGGAGGUAGGCAAAGAAUCUAGCUUUCCGGAGCUAGCAGGUCUUCCCGCCAAGGUAGCAAGGAUCUAUGAUGGCGCGAUUCCGGAUACAGAGCUUCGAAGAAAAUUAAGAAGCAUGAAGAACCACCGUAGCAAUCUUAAUGGGCUUCUAUAA